AUGGAGAUGAAUCGUGUACCUUUGAAGGCGAAGAUCUUGAAGGAAAACAUCAUACACAUCCUUCCGUUUGUGUGCUUUUCCAUGGCGAAGAAAAAAGAACUAAGCAUAAUGAUGUGGGAAAGUCUUUGUGACAGGUUUAUCAGAGUGAUUCCUAUUCUUCAUGCUAAUUUUGGAUCUCAAGUUGUUUACUUUGCUGUCGUGAAUCCCACAUAUAAUCAUGGCAUUCCAUAUCAAGGAAACUUACUUGAAAAUUCUACACGUUCAUCAGUUGGAUCCAGACACUUGUCACAACAAUUUGCUCCUGCUUUUAUAAAUUCAGUGGGUGGAGUUUCUGGAUCUUGGAAUCCGGAAGGUGAUAUGAGCUUAGAUAGAAGAUAUGUUUCUUCAUUGUUGGAUGAGCUCAAGAACAAGAAAAACAAGUCUUUUGAACUCUCUGAUGUUGUUGAUCAUGUGAUUGAGUUUAGUACCGAUCAAUAUGGAAGCAGGUUUAUUCAGCAGAAGCUUGAAUCGGCCACAGUUAAAGAAAAGAAUAUAAUAUUUCCCGAAAUUGUCCCUCAUGCACGUAGUUUGAUGACUGAUGUGUUUGGAAAUUAUGUCAUACAAAAGUUCUUUGAGCAUGGGACCAAAAGUCAAAGAAGGGAGUUAGCUGGUCAAAUCAUCGGUCAUGUUUUGCCUCUUAGCCUUCAAAUGUAUGGUUGCAGAGUUAUUCAGAAGGCAUUGGAGGUUGUUGAAGUUGAUCAACAGACAGAAAUGGUGGAUGAGCUUGAUGGUUCAAUCAUGAAAUGUGUUCGUGAUCAGAAUGGUAAUCAUGUAAUCCAUAAAUGUAUUGAAUGUGUGCCUCAAGAUCGUGUUCAGUUUAUAGUUUCUUCUUUCUUUGGACAAGUUGUUUCUCUUUCAUCACAUCCUUAUGGAUGUCGAGUCAUUCAGAGGGUAUUGGAGCACUGUGAUGAUCGAAAUACACAAGUUGUAAUGGAUGAAAUCAUGAACUCGGUUUGUACUCUAGCACAAGACCAAUACGAAAAUUAUGUUAUUCAGCAUGUCCUACAACAUGGUAAGCCCCAUGAGCGAUCAGCUAUCAUCAACAAGAUUGUAGGAGAAACAGUGAAGAUGAGUCUGCAAAAGUUUGCUUCAAAUGUUGUUGAGAAAUGCUUAACUUAUGGAAGCCCAAAUGAACGCCAACUUCUUGUAAACGAAAUGCUUGGUUCCACUGAUGAAAAUGAGCCAUUACAGGACAGCAACUCUCUUUUUUUUUUUUUUGCAAUGAUGAAAGAUCCUUUUGGAAAUUAUGUUGUCCAGAAGGUUCUAGAAACUUGUGAUGACCAGACAUGCGAACUUAUCCUCUCUCGCCGAGUCCACUUGAAUGCACUUGAGCAUUACUAUGGUUUCCAUAUUACUGCGGAAGGUGAGACACUU